AUGUUUAAGGAAGAUAUAUUGUCGGCUAUUUGCAUAAAUUUUUCCUUNAAUUCUUCUUUUGUCAGUUUCUUUGAAAUAGAAAUUGAAUCCAGGAUGGAACAAGUCAUUGAGGACCUAGAAGAUCUUGCAAACGAAAGCUAUAUUCUAGGUUUGGAAAAGUGUGGUGGUGCUGUGGUUGGAUCAGGAUCGGGUAGUAAUAUAACAUAUACAUCUUUGCCAAAUGAAAGUGUUAUCUAUGGCAGAGAUGAUGACAAAGAAUUUGUGUUUAACUGGCUCACAUCGGACACUCAUAACAACUUAUCUAUACUUUCUAUUGUGGGCAUGGGUGGGAUGGGUAAGACCUCUCUUGUUCAACAUGUGUUCAAUGACCCAAGGCUUGAAGGUAAAUUUGAUACUAAAGUUUGGGUCAGUGUUCCACAGAAAUUUGAUGUACUGAAAUUAUCAAGAGCAAUUCUUGACACAAUAACAGGUUCAGCUGAUCACAGUAUACAUCAGGAAGUAAUUCAGAAAAGACUGAAAGAAGAACUUAUGGGGAAGAAAUUUCUUCUCGUUUUGGAUGAUGUUUGGAACGAAAGACCAUCUAAAUGGGAAGAUGUGCAGAAGACCCUAGUUUUCGGAGGUCAAGGCAGUAGGCUUCUUGUCACUACACGGAGUGAGAAGGUUGCUAUUACCAUGCGAUCAGAGAAGCACCUGCUGCAGGUAUUAAAAGAAGAUUAUUGUUGGAACUUGUUCGCAAAGCAUGCAUUCGAAAAUGCUAAUCCGCAACCAGAUCCAGACUUCAUAGAGAUUGGUAAGAAGAUAGUUGAAAAAUGUAAUGGACUUCCUUUAGCCUUAAAAACUAUGGGAAGUCUGUUACACAAUAAAUCAUCUCUUUGGGAAUGGGAAAGUAUUAUGAAAAGUGAGAUAUGGCAUCUUUCAGAAAAUGAAAGUGAUAUACUCCCUGCUUUAAAACUGAGCUAUUUCCACCUUCCUUCUCAUUUGAAGAAAUGCUUUGCUUUUUGUGCCUUAUUUCCCAGAGGUUAUCGGUUUGACAAGGAGUAUUUAAUUCAAUUGUGGAUGGCUCAAAAUUUUCUAGAAAACCCUUUACAGAAAAAGAGUCCUAAAGAAGUUGGUGAUGAAUAUUUCAAUGAUCUAUUAUCUUGGUCCUUCUUUCAACGGUCAAGCAACGAAGAGAAAAAGCGUUUUAUCAUGCAUGACCUUCUAAAUGAUUUGGCAAAAUACGUCUGUGAGGACAUAUGCAUCAGGUUAGGAGUUGAUGAACCAAAAGGUAUACCCAAAACAACCCGUCAUUGUUCAUUUUCAACCUCUAAAUUAUGUUUUGAUGGGUUUGGGAGUUCCAUUGACACUCAAAAGUUGCAUACAUUUACCCCAAGAGAUUGGGGUUGGGAUUGGAAUUGCAAGAUGUCGAUAGUUGACUUGUUCUCCAAAUUUAAGUUCAUACGUGUCUUAUCUUUGUCUCAUUAUCGUAACCUUAGGGAGGUGCCUGAAUCUGUAGGAAAUCUUAAGCAUCUCCGUUCAUUAGAUCUAUCCUAUACUGAUAUAGAAAAACUACCUGACUCAAUAAGUUUACUCUACAAGUUGCAAAUAUUGCAGUUGAACUAUUGUCAAAGAUUAAAGCAGCUUCCCUUAUAUUUACAUCAACUCGACAAUUUACGUUGCCUUGAAUUUAUAAAAACAGCAGUGAAAAAUGUACCAGCUCAUUUGGGAAAGUUGAAGAAUCUCCAAGUAUUGAUGAGUUCCUUUUACAUUGAGAAAGGUAAGGAAUUCAGUAUUAAGCAUUUGCGAGAACUCAGUCUUCAUGGAAGUCUAACACUUGAUGAUCUGCAGAAUAUUGAGAAUCCCUCUUAUGCAUUAGAAGUAGAUUUGAAGAACAAACCACACCUUGUGGACCUACGGUUAAAAUGGAAUUUCAUUGGCAGCUCCUCUGUUGAUCCAGCAAAAGUCGGAAGCGUAAUUGAGAAUCUACGACCUUCAAAAUACUUGAAGAAGUUGUCGAUAAAGAACUAUAUUGGUAAACAAUUUCCAAAUUGGUUACUCCAUAAUUCAUUACCGAAUCUGGUGUCCUUAGUGUUGGAGGAAUGUGAAUCUUGCCAACGUUUACCUCCGCUUGGACUUUUGCCAUUUCUAAAGAAAUUGGAGAUUUCAGGGUUUGAUGAAAUAGUGAGUAUUGAUGCUGAUUUUCAUGGGAACGACUCUUGUUCAUUUAAAUCCCUUCAAACAUUGUAUUUCUCUAAUAUGAGACAAUGGGAGAAGUGGGACUGCCAAGCUGUGACAGGUGCUUUUCCACGUCUACAACUUUUUUCCAUAGAAAAUUGUCCGAAGCUGAAAGGAUACCUGCCAAAGUUCGUUGCUUUAAAAACUCUAAGUGUGAUUCACUGCCAACAACUUGAAGCUUUGAUUGUCAGUGCGGUGGAAUUACGUCUAGAAGACUGUGGAAAGCUGGAUGAGCACGGCAUGGCAGCAUCAUUGGUGGCAAUUGUUGGACAUAUGCUAUUCGACACUUCUCUUGAAAACUUAUCCAUUUCUUCAGCUCUGGAGUCAAAAAGUGAUGACUAUGUCUAUCUAAGGAUCUUUCCAUUGGAUUUCUUCCCGACACUCAAGAGCCUUAAACUCAGUAGGUUUCCUAAUCUACUGAUGAUUUCACAGGAUCAAGUUCACAAUCAUCUCCAGUAUCUGGAAAUCAAAGAGUGCCCUAAAUUUGAAUCAUUGCCUGCAAACAUGCAUAUGCUGCUCCCAUCUCUCACGAGGCUAUGGAUAGAAGACUGUCCAAGACUUGCGUCAUUCCCUGAGGGAAGUUUGCCAUCAAAUCUAAAGUACAUAACACUCUAUAAUUGCUUUAGACUUGUUGGCUUACUGAAGGGAGCUUUGGGAGACAGUUCUUCAUUGGAAAGGCUGGGGAUAUCAACACCAGAUGCAGAAUGUUUUCCUGAUGAAGGUUUGCUUCCACUCUCUCUUUCCUUUCUAAUAAUAUCUGAUUGUCGAAAUCUAAAAAAACUGAACUAUAAGGGUCUCUUAGAACUCUCAUCUCUUAGAAGACUGAAUCUUUGGAAAUGUCCCAACCUCCAAUGCUUACCAGAGGAGGGUCUUCCCAAAUCAAUUUCAUUUCUUGAAAUACGGGAGUGUUCUUUGCUGGAACAGCGUUGCCAUAAACGAGGCAAAGACAGGGGAAAGAUUGCUCACAUUCGAAAAGUAUUUAUGUCUCGGAUACUUUAAUGGUGUAUGAACUACUUUUCCUGUUUCAACACUAUAAUUAUUAACCCUCUAUCUCUUUAUUGAUGAUUAGGUUUAGAAUAAGGUCUGGUAUAGCAAAUGUAUUUACUAUAAACUUAAAGUCUGUCUUUCACUUUUAUUUUAAGCUCUCAAUUAAAUGCAAUAAUGGUAAAGCUU